AAUUGUGAUUAGUUUUUAAAUAUGAUUUGCCUGGGUCCGAUAGAGUUGUUGGCAGCCGUGAUUUUCAAAUAUCUUUUACACGUGCUUCUGUUAAUGCGGGAAUUUGGUGCAUCCAAGAAUAUGAACUCGCACGGGAUAUGAGUUGAAUAAGUGAACUUUUGUAACAGAAAGAAGAUAUUAUUGUAGAAAAUGAAGGGAACCGUACUUAGUGCGGGCUGUUUAAUAACCCUCUUUAUGUUAUACCCUAGUAUUUAUUCGGAAUUAAUUGAUUCAAGGAAGUCGAUUCAUUUUUUGGAACCUGGAGAAACCAAGGAAAUUUUAAUGCGCGGAACAUCGUCCUUUGAUAUAUUCUGUCACAGAAAGAAACCAAAACAUAUAUUUCAUAUUUGGAGAACUAUAAUGAUACACUUGAGUAAUAAUUUAGAUAAUUAUGAAGUUUUUGAUGGAAAAUCUCCUGUUGAAGUAAAAGAGAAGUAUGAAGAGGAUCAACGAUCUUGGAGAUUCAAUAUCUUUAGUGCAAAGAAAAUUAGGAAUAUGAGACUGAAUCCUUUUGAAGAAACAUGCAUUGGGAUUUUUACGCCUGCAUAUAACAAUGUCGCGUACCAAGUUUCAAUGACAUUGACUCCCAUUGAUGUCUGGAAAGUUAUAGCAAUGGUCACAGGAAUCAUCACAUUUUGGUGUGCACGUAGGCUGAGUCACAAUCCUUUAUUUUACUAUAUGUCCGGAAUGCUAUUAGGCAUCACGAUGUCCACUCUUAUCAUAAUAUACCUCAUCAGUAAAUUAUUGCCUAGGGGGAAAUUUAUGUAUGUAAUGGUCGCAACUGGAUGGACGAUGAGUCUUUAUGUAGCUCAAGCUUUGUGGGAAAACGCUCAAUUAAUAGCUGUGCAGUAUCGCGAUUGGGUUAUGUGGUACAUCUUGAUAACAUCAUUCAUUAGUUUCAUCAUUUGUUAUCGUUUUGGUCCUGUCACUAAUAAACGGACAAAGCAAAUUAUACAAUGGUUCUUGCAGGCUUCGAGUCUAGUGAUGAUUUAUUAUAGCAGCCACUUUCACGAGGCAUCGGUUUCAUGUUGUGUCCUAAUUCUGCUUAUGUAUAACUUUCCAAUUGUUCUAAUACAUAGCGGAAAGAGAUAUUGGAGAAUUAUGUUUCCUGAAAAACGAAAAUUACUAACAGAGGAUCAAUAUCAAGUGGAAGGUAUUGUAGAAACAAAGAAGGCUUUAUCUCAUUUACGAGAACAUUGUUCCAGUCCAGACUGUAAUCAAUGGAAGACCAUAUUAAGACUGAAAGAUCCAAUAAGGUUUGCAAAAUUUAUGGAAGGAGAGUCACAUUUGUCUGAUGGUGAAGUCCAACAGCACGAUUUAGAGAUUUCUCGGAUCAUAGAAGAAUCUGAAUACACUGAUGACAAUGAAGAAGAUGACUGAUGACAGAAAUGUACGUCUUAAAAUAUGGUAAAGUAUAUCAACAUAUAUAGUGUGAAAUUAAUGAAAAGGGAUGUGAUAGAGAAAGUAAUGUGUUUUCAUAUUAAUUGUAUAUACAGUCAAAUGAUUUGUAUGAUCAUUUCAUUUAUGUCGGAUAUAAAUAAUUUAUUUUUAUAAAAUAUGCAUUCCUGUAUUACCCAAUUGGUGUAACAGGUGUAAAAAUACAAUUUUUACAAACUUUA